AAGGGAAAAGAACGUCAGUGAUUCAACAUGGCGCGGGAAACCCGGGAAGAGAGUGAGAUGGAUGUCUGCGGAGAAGUUGAUUCAGAGGCGGACAGUCCCUGUCCGUCGAGUUUAAAACUGUAUGAGGCACAAUUUUUUGGCUUCACCCCGCAGACCUACAUGUUACGGGUCUACAGCGCCUUUCAGGACUGCCUGAAUGACAUUUUACCCGUGGUGGAGAAGGUGUGUGUGCGGCAGCUCAGUAAAGGCGAGACGGACGGGGCCGAGGAGCUGCUCCGGGCUCGGGCCCGGGAGUGUAGCCGGAAGCUGCAGCAGUUCCUCGAAGAGCGGUUCAAGCAGCUGUCGGAGCGGAUGGAGACGCUGCUGGUCAACGACUGCUUUACCGUGCCGCCAAAUGUCCUGCUGCCAGAGGACCAGUCUCACAACAUCUACCCCCAAGACCUUCAGGAGGUGCUGAAGCUGGAGUCAUCCCUGACCGACCUCCACAGAGCCUACGAAGCAGAAGUUUGCGCCAGACAAGCCCUGCAAGCUGAGCUGGAGGAGCAGAGGGAGGUGCAGAAGCAGCUGGACGGGAUCCUUACGUGGGUCAGAGAGCUGCAGGCAGCCUGGGUGAAGGACGGUAACGGCAAUUUCCAUGAAAGUUUCCGACUGGUGAUGGAGUCGGUAAGGAAACUUCAGGAGGCUGUUAGAGAGGUCUACAACAAAGUACCUCAAUGAACUGAACUCAGAUUUGUUUCAAUUUUGCAGCAGCAUUGUGAUGUAAAUAAUAAAGCAGAUGGAUGUAUUUCUGUGUUAGUUAAACUGAUUUAUUCUUCAUGCACCUCCUCUUACCCUCUUCUUUACUGGCCCAUACUAUGUAGACACAAUAAUAGAAACUCUCUACAUUUACAGUAAUGCAGCCUCAAAAACCCAGCUCCAUUUUCAUAACAGAUACUUUAUUCUUAACUUCAUUUUUUGUCACGAUAUUGUAUUCACCCUCUCCAGCCAUUUGAAGAUACAGUAAUUCACAGCAGAGGGCGCUCUCUACAUGUUAAUACUCCAUCCACAUUUGAAAUCCGAGCUUGGUAUGUUCACUUCAUGAUCAAUAUCUGAAUAUCUGGUGUCCAUAGCUGCUAAAUAUUGUGGAAUUAUUUUUUAAUUAUUAUAUUAAAAUGAAACCAUUCAUUUUCAUGCACUGUUAGUUUGUGGUUUUAUAUUAAAUUAGGAAUAUCACUAUAGCAUUAUCUGUUUAUACAGCACAAUUAGCCUAGAAAUGGACAAUUAACUAAACUGGAAAUUAGAGCUGCAAUGAUGAGUCAAACUGAUUAGUUAAGUGCAACUGUUGUGAUAAUCAAAUGGUCAUUUCUGUCAGGUUUUCAGCAAAAAUGACAGCUCCUUUAAUGUAAUGAGUAUUCAGUGCUUUUCCUUGUCAUACCUGAUAGUAAACUGAAUAUCUUUGGGUUUCACACUGUCGGUCGGACAAAACAAGAUAUUUGAAGACCUCAGCUCAGGAUGUGGGUGACUAUCACUGACAUUCUAUAGACAAAACUAUUAUAUAAUUGUUAAUUGGGAAAGUAAAUGACAGAUCAAUAAUUGGUUGCUAUUCCACUGGACAACCUUGGUACAAUUGAAAUGCAUCAACACAUAACACAUAUUCAAAAUUCAUUAUUUUUAUUUACUGUUUUAAAGGAGUAUUGCUAUCGUUAUGUUCUUUCUCAUUACAUAUUAAGUAUGCCAUGAAAAACUGACCAUGUGCAACACUGGAUAUUAGAAUGGCCAAGCUCAGAAAACUAAAGACCGAUCUUUUUAAUCUAGCUUUUAAUUUGAGUUGAGGAGUAAUGCUCUAGCCCUUCUAGAGUCUUUGAGUUUUAACCAUUGGUUUUCAUAUUUAUUCGUAUCCCAUUCAUUUAUUUUAUUCACUUUUGUAAUUAUUUCUUUUUAAAAACAUUUUAUUGUUUCUAUGUGCAGCACUUUGGGCUGUGUGUUUGAAUGCCAGGUGCUCUAUAAAUAAAGUUGAGUUGAGUUGA